AACAUUAUCAGUCUUUCUUAUAGCUUGGGGCAUUCAGUCUAUAAACUGCUUCUUUUACUUCAUUCCUUCAUCAUUGCUUUUCAUUUAAAGAAGGAGAUCAGAAAAGGCAAAGAGAGUGCUACAGGUUUAUCAUCCUUAAGACACUACAAGAUCCUCUGGACACAUGUAAUGGCAAGUUUUUUCACUUUAGUGGAGCCAGUGGUGGUUAUGCACAAACUGGGCAGCUCUUGUUUUGAUAUGGCUCUCACCCUGACAGUGUACAACCGCUCACUGGAAAUAUCAGGGGGACAUACUGACCAAGCCCAAGCGGCUUCCUCGAACUUCUUCCUUAUCCAUUCCAUCAUAUCUGCAGUAGCGGCCAUGUUUUCUAGCAUCCCACUAGGCCGCAUCGCAGACCGAUGGGGACCUAAAGUGUUCUUGGUCAUCCCUCAGCUGGGUUCUCUGAUGGGAAUGUGCUUUCUGCUGGUCUUCCUGUUCCACAAUCUACCUUUGGAGUUCCUUUUCCUCGGAUCCAUGGUGUAUGGCCUCAGCGGAGGUCCUCCUGCUUUCUGGGCUGGUGUUGCAGCUUUGGCGUCACUCAGCUCGAACCAGAAGCACCGCACUUUAAAACUCAGCGUGGUGGAUCUCUGUGUUGGCAUCGCAGGGGUGCUGGGUGGUCUGUUAUCUGGAUAUGUGUACCAGUUAGGACAUCAAGGACUGGUCCUUUUAAUGACUUCCAUGCUCUUCAGUGCAGCGUCGCUUUUUUAUGCCGUGUUUCUUCUGUCCAGUUCAAGGCAAAAGUGUGAUGAGAAGGAGCAGCUGCUGUCAAGUGGGGAGAAGAUGGACAGAGUAGCAGUGGGGCUGUUGAUAUCAGCUAUUGUGGUGUUUGAUCUGGGAAUGAUUGGAGCAGAGGAUGUUCUCACGCUCUAUGUGCUGAAGCCUCCAAUGAGCUGGGAUUCAGUGUGGGCUGGUUAUGGCAGCGCAGCCACUAACGCCAUGUAUCUGACCAGCUUCCUCGGGGUGCUUGUGCUCUCUGGUGUGCUCGGAGACGUGGCCCUGUCUCUGCUUGGAAUCGUGUCCAACUGUACAGGAAUGGCUAUCAUGGCAUUCACAGUGGAGAGCUGGGUUUACUUCAUGGCACGAGGGAUAAUGAUGUUUGCCUGUGUUCCCAUGCCAACGCUUCGAGCGAUGCUGUCCAAAGUUCUGGACACACAGCAAUACGGAUGUGUAUUUGGGAGGCUGCAGUUGGCUCUAGCUGUGACUGAGCUUCUGUCUACGGUGCUUUUUACCUCUAUUUACCCUCUCAGUCUGAACUGGUACAGUGGCCUCUGCUUCCUUCUCUCGUGUGCCAUCAGCUACCUCAGUGUCAUACCCAUCCUAUACCUGAGGUUCAGGCAGAGGAGAACUGGGUACACACCUAUAUAAGGGGAAAUAGAUUUUGUACAGAAAUCUGUAUUCCAAUAAUUGCACUAGAUAUACGAGUGGAAAAGCUACAAACACUAUAAGAUUAUCAUGUUUCAGCUGUUGACAUUUUCCCAGAUGUCUCUGUUUCAGCUUGGGGUGAAUUUGAGUAGAAUAUCCUAAUAUUUCAAUAAUGUGUUCUGCAUCCAGACAGAGAUACAGCUUAAAUCCUGCACUAGAUAUCCUGCAGAGUUUUCCACCAGUUUACUAAUUCUACUGCUCUCUGUCCGUUCCGCCAUGACUCAGUCCACCAAAGAUGCCUGGAACUCAGACACUAAUUACACUCGGGACUGCAAUACAAAUGCUCCUCAACAAAGGUCCCUGAAUUAUUGACAAUUAAGUUAGGCAGGGUUUCCUGAGUGCCACAGCAGAGGAUGAUGUGCUCCUGAAGCUCUUCUUAUUCAUUAUCAUCCAUCUGAAAGAUCAGGAUAUGAUUUCUGCAGCUCACUGAGAAGAGUUAGUGGACAAAUUGUGUGAAGGUACAACAGCAAGUUCAACUUCUUUGAGAAAUAUCCAGAUUUUGUGGAGUGAAAGCGUCUCCAAAAGCCCCCUCCAAAAUGAUCUUUUACGAAGCAUUCGUGUUAGAAUCAUGAUCGUGAUGUUGCUAAUAUUUUUUUUGCUGUAACAUUUCCAGGCAAUAAUAAAUAUACAGUGAAUAUACAACACUACACCCCUAUCCAGAAAUUGCAGGUUGUUGUGUUGUGACAAAAUAAACCCAAGGUAAGUUAUUUACACCUUUAAUGUAAUGCAGCAACCAACAGAAUUCAAAUAAAAAUAUCAAAGAGAAAUAUUAUAGAGAUAUAAAUUAUUAUUUAUUUUUUAUUAUAUUAUUUAUUA